AAAAAGCGAGAGAAGAGAUCACAAUGCAGCUCGUCCUCAGUGCUCACCAGGCUUGAUGGAAGCAGCAGAGGUAUCACAGCAAAGCAACUCUGAAGGCACCUUGGAUGAGAAUACUCUGGACCUAAUAUACAAACACUGUUCAAAAAAGUUACCAAGGAAGCUUAUGUCAAACCCGGUAAAAGCAGCUGUUAAAACUAGGGGAGCUUACUUGCAGCCUGAGGUUGGUCCCUGCAGACUUUUGCAUUCAGCGGCUGUCUCCGAAGGGUCAGGACUUCCAGAUUGCUCCACACAUCAAACAGCAUCAGAUCACAGCCAUGAUGAAAUACCAGCCCAAGAUAGCUACAAAUCAAACAGUAAAAACAAUUCUUGUCUUAUAUCAGCAUCCAAAAGAAACAGGCCUGUCAGUGCUCCAGCGGGUCAACUGAGAGUUGUAGGAUUCUCUUCUCUAACAUUUCAGUCCACCCAGAGUUGGAAUAGAGGGUCUCAAAGACUCAAACUUCAACCCAGAAUGAUUCGAGCAACAGCUUACAAAAACGGAUCCAGAACAGUCUUUGUCAAAGUUAUUGUUCCAACCAUCACCUCGCUGCUGGAGGAGUGCACCGAAAAGCUGAAUCUGAACCUGGCUGCCCGACGAGUGUUCUUGGCAGAUGGCACUGAAGUCCUCAAACCUAAGGAUAUACCCCAUGAAGCUGACAUUUAUGUUUCAAUGGGAGAGCCCUUUAUAGAUCCAUUCAAAACAAUUAAAGACCAUCUGUUGUUAAUGAAGAAAGUAACUUGGACAAUGAAUGGGCUGAUGCUUCCUACUGAUGUCAAAAGGCAGCAAACCAAGCCUGUUCUUUCUGUUAGAAUGAAGAAACUUACAGAGAAGCCUUCAGUCCGAAUCCUGGUUUUUAAGAAUGGCAUGGGACAGGAUGGGCAUGAGAUUUCAGUGGGAAAGGAAACAAUGAAAAAGAUUUUAGACUAUUGCACAAUUAAGAUGAAUUUAAAUUCACCAGCCAGAUACCUGUAUGACUUUUGUGGCCAAAAAAUUGAAGAUAUUUCUAAAGUUUCUCUGCUUGAAAAAUGCCUGCAAAAUUCCAUCACACCUUUACGGGGACCAGUUUGGGUCUCUAAGGGAGAAGGUUUCAGCCCCUCUGGAGUUAAGAAGUACCUCCAAGGAGUUCUUUUGGCCUUGUACCAACGAUUAAAGUCUGCACAAAAUUAUUACAAGCAGUUGACCCUUGCUGUGGAUGAACAGAAGGAGAAAAUUACUGAAAAAAGCAUUCUUUCAAUGUCAGCAAAUGAACACCAUCAGGCACAAGAAGAAGUGAGCAGGCUGAUUGAUGAAUUGCAGACAGCUAUCAAAAGCAACAGAGGUCAUCUCUCUAAACUUGGCCCCCAAUUACAGGCUGAGCAGGAGCAAUUCUCCUCUUAUGUCUACCAACACAUUAAAAGCCCGCCAGCAAACACUCUUCUCCCAGGAGGCCUGCGGCUCAAGGUAUAUGAAAAUGGUAAAGACACUGGAGAGAUUCCUGUUUGUAUCAAUCCCAAAGAUUUGCAGUCUAGUGGCUCAACUCAGCCUGCCGAGAUGACAGAAAGAUUACUUUGCAAGAUUCAUCAAAGGCUUCAAGCCUCUUCCUUCAACCCACCGAGCCUCAGUUUUUCUUCAGUCCGGCUUUUCGAUGAGUGUGGUCAAGAAAUUAAGAAUCCACUUUUGCUGAAGAAUGAGCAAAAAAUUUGGGUCUCUUAUGGUAAAGCAUACAGAUCUCCUCUGAAUCCUGUUUUGGGUUUGACCUUUGACCGAGUGUCUGCUUUUGACAAAGGUGGCAUCACAGUUGCAUAUAAAACCUUUUUGGAUCCUGAUGCUGUUCUACUACCUGGAUGUGACAGGUGGGAAGUUUGUGAGGGAUUUCCAAUUACCUUUAAGUGCACCAGUCAGAUGAUACCAGAUCAGUUCGAAAAGGUGGACCUGCAGAGCCAUUUCCUACAGAACAAAGUGGAUCCUAACAUCGUUCUGUGUGCCUCGGUUGCCAUGGGAAAGUGGAGUUCCUCGAGCAGGGAUAUGAAAAUUGGGAGUCAGAUGGCACCCUCAGUCCUGGGGCCGGCAGCCAGCAUGUGGCUGAUCACAAAGACGGGAAUGAUCCUGAGUCGAGCUAUAACUCAAGGCUGUUUGGCUAUUGGUCACCCAAUCAGAGUCAAGGCUGCCGAAGGAACUUCCCGAGAAGGCUAUAAACUAACCCUACAGAAAAGACAUAAAGAAGAUGAUUCGCAGAAGUGGGUGUUUGGAACUGACGGCUGCAUUUAUUCUAAGGCCCAUCCUCAGUUUGUUCUGACCUACCUCGAGGAGCUAGAUGCACACGUGGAUGUGACCCAGACAGAAUACCACCUCCACCAUGGCUCCUGGACCACAGCUCAACAGGAACGAGACAGCAGCCUAGCAGGAGAGGUCCUGCACCACAGUGCCUGCAAUCCUGAUCUGCACCAACUGCCAGACCCUUCAGACACCCCUGUAAUGCCAGAAGGUUCUCUUGGGGAGAAAGAGCAGCUGACGGUGGCACUGGUGAGGAAACUGGCAGAGAAACAUCCUAAGGCUUCUGCUCAGAGGUGGGCCAUAAAGCAUGAAGGGACCAGUAAGCCAAGCCAGUGGAAACAUUCCAAAGUUGAAAAUCCUUUGUGGAACAAGCUUAACUAUAUGUGGCCAGUCCUCCCCAGUGGCCAACUUAAUGAGAAUUUUGACUGGCCCAUAGAAGGACUGCUUGUUCCAAAUAGCCCUCCCAUGAAGAAGCCCUCCUAUAAAACACCAAAGCAGUGUGUUCCUGUGAGACUCAGAGUUUUGCGAAAUGGAGACAAGAAUAAAAAGACAGCUCUUAUUUUAAUUGGGACAGACAGCUCACCAAGAUGGAAAGUACAGUGCACUGAAAAUCUAAAGUUGCCUUCUGCAGCUCGGAGAUUGUUCCGUGAAAAGGGGGAGGAAAUCUUUACCCUGAAAGACCUGCAAAGAGAUGAACUGGUAUAUGUUUCAUGUGGAGAAAAUUGGAUCAAUCCUGACCUCUCCAUUCAUCAGCAAAAGAAGCACAUCCUCCUAAGGAACCUAACCUCAGAUAUUUCCAAAAUUCAACUCUUCUGCAGUCUGCAGAAGACUGGGGCUCUCUUUCUAGAAGUCCAGAGUGACAUUGUAGCGGGAGCCAAGCUUGCUGUGCAUAAACCUGUAGCAAAUUCUGGAGAAGAGAAGGAAAUUAUAGACCCAGAGGAAAUGCAAAUGCGAAAAAAUGCUUCGGCCAGAGAAAAUGUUUCUGGUGAGAUUCUAGAUGCACACGCCAGAGCCCACCUCCGGAUGAAGGCUUGCCACUCGCUUCUCAAGUAUGCCUGGCAGAAAUCUACUCACGACUUUCCGGAGGCAGACACUUUUCCAAAGAAAAUGGAAGAAGGGCUCUUUGAAAACAUGGAACCUUCGAAGAAAGCCAGCCAUUCGCCAAGGCAUGGUAAAUUGCCGAAACUUUGCUAUCAGCAAUUUGAAUACAGAGAUGGACAGAUUAUAAGCCUCGUUGCUCCUCAGCUUGUCCUGGGGGUACCAGGUCCCCACCUCUGUUCUGGCACUGAUGUGGUUUUAGUGGUGAAGGCAUCUGACGAGAGUCAUCAAUUCUGGAUACACAAGGAAGACAGCAGGACCUUCCACCUGGCAAGUAACCCAAACCUUGUGCUGGCCGUGUCUCUGACUAAGGCCACAAAUGAAGGUGGCGGCCACCCGGUUGUCGUUCAGAAAUAUAAGCCAUAUAGCAAUGGGACCUCCAAUCAAAAAUGGAAUUAUAUGGAAGACACGAAAGCCUUUGUGGCUUUUCAUAGUACUGCAGUGGAUAAGGAAAUCACAGCAGCACACUAUGCUGGCGUUUGCACGUCCUCUGUGAUAAAAGACGAAAGCAUUGACCAACCAGGAUAUUAUUACAUCUCACCUGGUGGAAAGAGCAAAACGACGCUCUGCUUAGCUUGCGGUGGAUCCAUGAGAGCAGAGAAGGGGCUCAAGCAAUUGCCACCAGGGGUCUCCUUCCUCUGCGCCUCGGGCUCCAAGACCCAGAAGCCCUUCUCACUAGGGCCCUUCAAGGUCAUCACCGUGGCCAAGGCUGAUUUAUCUUCUAACAAGGCUGAGGAAACACUACGUUAUUACGAAGGAUUCCAAUUAUCUUUACGGACGCAGACAUGCUCAUGGGCUAUAUCUCAUGGUGGAAUGGCAACGCCUCACCAGAAGGCAGUGAAAAUAAUUGCAUACAAAAAUGGGAACGGAUAUCAUGAUGGGAAGUUAAUUGAGGCUGGCACAGUCCCCAUGCUUCUUACAGAAUGCAAGGAACAGCUCGGUCUUCCCAGAACAGCCUGCAAAAUGUAUACAAAAGAUGGAACCGCAGUUCUUACUUUGCGUGAUUUGGUUGUAUGGGCUCAUAAGGAAUCCUUUUCCCAAAGAGAUUCUAAGGAUCAGACGAAACACGAAGCCCCUGUUGGAACAGAAGAGGCAACUGUGAAAAAAAAACUGAGAACAAAAGUGAAAACCAAAUCCUUUCCCAAGUCUUUGACGCCGGAUAGUUUAAGUGGCAAAGAGGAGUCUUUGCUUGCCCUCGCCCUCAGAUAUCCUGUUGCCGUCUGGGUGUCUUGUGGUGAACCAUUUAUUCCUCUGCCUGCUUUGCAGAAAGCAGAAAAAUCGGAGAAGCCAAACUGGAUUAAAAAGGGCAACGUUUUGGCUGAUCUACAUGCUAUGAAACACAAAAUGAGGCAGUUAAAAGGGCGCCGAGUAGCAGCAUGUCAACCAGCCACCAUGGUUCCCACCCAAAGCCCCGUGCAGCCAGUGGUGGUAGCGGGAGGCUGGACUGAGCAGACUCAAGAGGAAAUUAGACUGAUGGAACGUAUCACACAUAUGGAGGCACACCUUUCCAAAGUCCAAGAGCUGCAAUCCAGAAGAGAGCCUCUGAUUUCCACAAGAAGUCCAACCAAGCCCAGCAGCCUGUACGUGCAACCAGACACCAAACGCGUGUGGGCGUAUCUAAACGGAGGCAGCCCCCAAGAUGGCAGUUAUGCCAGGGGCAAAAAUAUUUCAGAGCUGCUUGAUGAUUGCUCGUCUCGACUGAAAAUGCCUCACCCAGCCAGGAUGCUGUACACCUCACAUGGAGAGCCCAUUCAGUCCUGGGAAGACGUGGAGCGGGACAUGGUCCUCUGUGUGUCCACUGGAUACGGCUUUGUAACCCACAAAGAAUUAAAGCAACAGAUGGAGGUCAGAGCAAAUUAUGCCAGAAUCCGAAGGCAGGAGGGCCCUGAAGCCACAGACAUCAUGGUGUCUCCACCGUCCAAACUGCUGUCUCUGGAAAGAAAACUUUCUUUAUCAGCUUGUCAGCGGAAGACUGCGACAAACAAAACGCAUUGUGUAGAUGGCGGACAACUCUCUGAAUUUAAGCAAAUUGACUUCUAGAAAAACAAAUGUGCAUUUUUAAUCCCAAAAUGUAUUUCAGUCCUGCGAUUUUACCUCCCAAAUUUAUCUUUUAAAACAAUCUGGACUUUUUCAAAGGCAGAUUGAACUGACAAAUCAACUAUAACCUAUCCGUAAAUUCAUAGGGAGAUCAUGAUAAUGACAAAGUCAAGGGCAAGUGUUAGCCACAGGGAUUUUGUGUUCCGGUGGUCAAUCUUAUAUACAUUUUCUCGUUUUCCUAGUCAGUAGAGUGGCCUAAAAACCCAGGCCUACAGAAGUGCAUAUUUCUGUCUUGUGAGCAUCUUUUAUCUUUCCAGCUAGUUGGCAAAUACCUGGAGGGCAGAGAACCUCAUCUCUAUUUAAUAAGACAGGGCUCUGCCCACAAGCCUCAGAUACGGUUAUUGUGUUCCUUCGGGCCCACUGUCCCAGCAACCUAAUGGGUGAUCAGCUAUAACCAUCUUUGUCCACUCAGGUCCUGGGCCACAGACAGAAGGGAAUAGGGGAGCUGCUUCAGAGAAUUCCAUUUUAGUCAGCUGCUCAAGAUCUACAAUCAUCAGAGUGAAAUUGAGUUGAGUUUAUAGUUAGUCUUUUCUGCUUGUCAGUUGCAAGAAACACAUCUCAAAAUUGUGCAACUGAAAUAAAUGUUGUGGUAUGAACUAGGCAUUGUGUAGUUCCUAAAAGGUAGCUUUGAUGAUUACACGUUUGGAUUUCAAAUGCCAACUUUGAAGAAACACCCAAAGAUAAUGUGAAAUGACUUACAAAUGAAUUGACAAAUUUAAAAACCUCCAUAGCUAUUAUAAAGUAGAAGUUUUCAGUCUGUUUAGUUCAUGAACUCAUUUUGGAAUCCUUUGACUGCCAUAAACUCACAAUAUAGACACAUUUUUUAAAUGUUGGUUUUUUCAUACCAUUUCAUGGGGUUUGUGGUUCUAUCUUGAAAACAUCUAUGAGCUUUCCAAAUGUUAAACAAAACAAAACAACUUUGAUAGAAAAAAUAGUUAUGGAUUCCAUAAUCCUUAUAGCUUAUGGGACAAAGUAUCCAAAGGAUCUCUCAAAUAAAAGAUUUCACUAGGGAGGCACAGAGGAUCCAGACCAACCUGGUGAUUCUG